CCGCCUGCCCAGCCUCCUUGGCUCCCUCCCGCGCCGGUCCCUGGCGCAGGCCGCGGCGGCUGCGGCCACCCCCGCCUCCUCCUCCACCGCUGGCGCUCCUUCAGGACGGGAAGAGGUGGGGGGGUGGGUGGUCGGGGGGGGUCAUGGCGUCCUGCGUGGGGAGCCGGACCCUGAGCAAAGACGAUGUGAACUACAAGCUGCAUUUCCGCAUGAUCAACGAGCAGCAAGUGGAGGACAUCACCAUCGACUUCUUCUACCGACCGCACACCAUCACCCUGCUCAGCUUCACCAUCGUCAGCCUCAUGUAUUUCGCCUUUACCAGGGAUGAUUCUGUCCAAGAAGAUAAUAUUUGGAAAGGCAUCCUCUCUGUUAUUUUCUUCUUUCUCAUCAUCAGUGUAUUAGCUUUUCCCAAUGGUCCUUUUACCCGACCACAUCCUGCUUUAUGGCGAAUGGUUUUUGGUCUCAGUGUGCUCUAUUUCCUGUUUCUGGUAUUUCUUCUCUUCUUGAACUUUGAGCAAGUAAAAGCUGUAAUGUACUGGCUAGAUCCAAACCUUCGUUAUGCUACACGAGAAGCUGAUAUCAUGGAAUAUGCUGUCAACUGUCACGUCAUCACCUGGGAAAGGAUUCUCAGCCAUUUUGACAUAUUUGCUUUUGGACAUUUCUGGGGCUGGGCUAUGAAGGCCUUAUUGAUUCGGAGUUAUGGACUGUGCUGGACAAUCAGUAUUACCUGGGAGCUGACUGAGCUUUUCUUCAUGCAUCUUCUGCCUAAUUUUGCUGAGUGCUGGUGGGAUCAAGUCAUUUUGGACAUCUUGUUGUGCAAUGGAGGUGGCAUCUGGUUGGGAAUGGUAGUUUGCCGAUUUUUAGAGAUGAGGACUUAUCACUGGGCCAGCUUCAAGGACAUUCAUACUACUACAGGGAAAAUCAAAAGGGCUGUGUUGCAGUUCACUCCCGCCAGCUGGACUUAUGUUCGAUGGUUUGACCCCAAGUCUUCAUUUCAGAGAGUGGCUGGAAUAUACCUUUUCAUGAUCAUCUGGCAGCUGACAGAAUUGAACACCUUCUUCUUGAAACAUAUCUUUGUGUUUCAUGCAAGCCAUCCAUUAAGUUGGUGUAGAAUUCUCUUCAUUGGUGGGAUCACUGCACCUACUGUUAGACAGUACUAUGCUUAUCUCACUGACACACAAUGUAAACGAGUGGGAACACAGUGCUGGGUGUUUGGAGUCAUUGGUUUUCUGGAAGCAAUUGUUUGCAUAAAAUUUGGGCAAGAUCUCUUCUCCAAAACUCAAAUACUUUAUGUUAUACUUUGGCUUCUUUGUGUGGCUUUUACUACUUUCUUGUGCUUGUAUGGUAUGGUUUGGUAUGCAGAGCACUGUGGUCACCGAGAAAAGACAUAUUCUGAGUGUGAAGACAGCCCUUACAAUUCAGAUGUCUCCUGGCUUCAUUCUAAGUUUACAAAAGGUACUGAAGAGAGUCCACCCAAACAUUCGGGGAAUAGUGAAAGCCAUUCUUCCAGAAGAAGGAAUCGCCAUUCUAAAGCAAAAGUAACCAAUGGAGUUGGCAAGAAAUAAUAAAAUAGAAAACAAACCCCUUGUUUAUCAAAGAUGUUCCAGAGUGCCUAGAAUUGAGAGUGACACUGGAUUGGUUCUGACUUCCCUAUUAAGAGGUUAAUUUGCAUAGAGAAAAGCAGCCAAGGGAUAUGAGGGUUGACUUGGGGUGGGGAAACCCUUGAAGGAAGGCUCAUCCCUUUCACAUGGAUUCUAUAUUUCAGAUCAUUGCUUGCCACCCCUUGACAUUUUCCAGUCUCUUCUAUCUUCUGUUUCGCUCCCAUCUUUCCCUGGAAGAGAUAUAGUGUGUCCAAAGGGAGGUGGAGCUAUUUCUUCACCCUUGCCAAGAGCAGUUUUAGUGUUGGAUGCAUCUUAAAUUUUUUCCUUUGGAAAAAGAGCAUAAACCCCAAGGGGAAUGGACCUGUCACCAGUUUUGUUUUUCAGUCAGUCGCUUUGUUUUUAUACUUUGGAUUUCUUUAUGCCUCUCUGCUGUCAACUAUUCUACAUUGCCAACACGUAAAGCUUCUGUAGCCUUUGUGGGAAUCUUUUCCCUUUAGGGAAAAAAGGGGGCAUUUUUGUUGUCACUGAUAAGGCUUCCUUAAAAAACACAACUACUCAUGUCAAAUCCAUGAACUGUCAGAGAGGGUACUAGGCUUCAGGCCCGACCUCUUUUGUUGUUCCGUUCAGAAUACCCUUUGUUCAGCCUUCUCUAUAACAUAUAAGCAACCUUGUUACAAAGGCAGUGACCGAUGGUUUCUGUCCACAACCAGGUGCCUUUUACAUUUUAUCCUAGCUUGUUUUCUUUCCAUGGUGUACAUUAAGUGUAUCUUUUAGUCACAUGGGAGAUGCUGGUAAGUAUAUUAUCCUGCCAUCCUUAACAUAUUUUAUAGAAUAUUAAUCCUUAUGGUUCACCUUCACCUCUACUGGAUUCCAGUUUUAAAUAAAACAGUUUCUGUUAAAGGUCAUUAAAGGCCUGGUUUAAAAACUGCCCAUAUAAAAUCACUAAUUUCUUUAGAAAUUCAAAUAGAUCUUUAAUCUACUUCUAAGAAAUUACUGUAACUUCCAUGGACAUAUAAGGUAUGAGUAUGUUAGCCUGUUUCCAAACUUUUCCAAAUGAUCAAUGACAAGUAAACAACAUUUUUGUUGUUUAUGACAAUGAUGAUGAUUUCAUCAAUCAAAUUGAGUUUUUUCCUAAUAAGGGGUUGAUGCAUUCGUGAUUGACCAUUGACCUUUAGAUACAGGCUUGCUGAAAGAAAUCCAUUUGUUCCCACAUCUUGUAGAAUGUGGGAUGUUCAGAUGUCUUUGCACUCUUUCCUUCCCCCACCAGGAAACUCUUAGUAAUAGAUGGGUCAUGUUUUUCUUUUUCUGCAAAAGAAUUUCGAGGUGAAAGGGUUAAAUGAAUCAAGCGAACCUGGGGUUACUUCCUGUGCUCUGUGCCUCUUAGAAAUGACUUGAUUGUGGAGCCACAAACAACCAGUCUAACAGCCAGACUUGUUAAGUACACAACCAUCAGGAGACACAUUGUCCAUGGGAUAACUUAAUUGUAAGAAGUUUAACAAAGGGAAGUUACAGUGAUUGGCCACAAGCUGUGUGCUGUUAAGUACUUAUAACAAAUCUACCAUUCCCAAACUGGGUUUGAAAAUAAGAAAAAAAGUCCAAGUUUUAUUAGAGCAUUUCUAUAGCCCACAAAUAUCUAUUCUUUAAAAUAGACAGUUGUACAGUAUAAAUUAUUUGAACUUGAAGUUAGUGUUUCUCACUCCCCCCUACUAUAGCUAUAUUAAAUGUUAUGACACAUGAAGAUGGCAGAAGAGAACUAAAAACAUUUUCAAUAUUUAUGCAUUUAUUUUUCCUUCCCACAGUGUGCAGUGUCCAUUUCCACCAUCCCCCCUUUACUCUAAGCAUGUGGCAUAGCACUGACUGCAUGUGGAAGUUAAUUUUCCUGAUUAGUGAUGUGUGUGCUGCCAGUGCAACAUGUUUCUGUGUCCCAGAACCUCUUGCCUGACUUCUUUUCAUUUUAAAACUUGGAACAUAGGAAAUUAGAGAAGUAGGCACCUGUUAAGCAGGUGGUAAAUCUCAUCAUAUCCUACAAUGCAAAACCCCGAUAUCAUUCUUCCCCUGAUCAGCCUGGAAGAGCCAGAAAAGUAGCGGAAUGUUAAAGGAAAUGUUCUCAUAUGCUUUCCAUGCUUCUUUUCCUCUUUGAAUUAAAGCUUUUUUUUUUUUUCUUACGUGCAAGAGUUUUUCAUGACUUAUAUGGGAGGAAGGGGGGGGGGGGGGGAGCGCUUUCCCUAGUUGGCCAAAGCCACAGUUAAGAUUUCCUUCAGUUCUUACAGCAGCACUACUGGCUGAAACCAGUCUUUUCCACUCCUGUUUCCAUGGAUAUGGACUUCACAUUACCAAAAAUAGAAUAAAAUGCUUUAAAGUUGUCACUUGAUAGCUGAAGUGAUUUGAUUUUAAAGCAUUUAUUCCAUUUCCACUGGGCCAUACAUUGACUACUUUUGAGGGGAAACACUCGUUCCAGACACGAAUGAGAAUUUUUGAUGCAUUUUCCGCUAUUAGUGGUAUUUGCAAAAAAGUGUUAAUGGCUAGGGUUUUUUGUUUUGGUUUUUUGCCUGUCCCCAAUCUUUCCAUAGCCUCUUACCACUUUUCCCAUGUCUGUUUUUCUCAUUUUAUAAAAUGAAAUUUAGUGUAUUUAUCUCAUAGGGAUGCCAGGAAGUUGUAUUGCUUUGUUUAUUUUGAUCAUGAAAAAUAAAUGCUUGUCUGUCAUUUUCAUUAGGCCUGAUUCCUCAGUAUGUUAGGGUAAGUAAGUGAAAUUAAUGAAAAAUGAAAUCAAGCUUUUUCCCAAAUACCAAGCAGAUUUGGUAUUAUUGAUUUCCUCAGGGCUACUCACAAGCCUUUCAAGAACCAUUUUCAUCUGGCAUUUGGUUUUGACUAUUGGAAACUACUUUUGUCCAUUUCUGUUGUCAGCUCAUUCAAUCCAGAAUGGGGUUGGUUAUUGAGGACUACCCAGUCACUGAGAAGAAAGCUACAGAGUCAGAGUGAACAGGGAAAACUAACAACCACUAUUAAUGGUGAGAAAGCUUUAAAGGUGGAGUUGCAAAAUAAAUCCAUGUGCCUAAUUGCCUAAAUGAAUUAUACUUAACUACUAACAAAGAAGUUCUCAUCUUCUGUCCUCUUUUUGUUUCAGUGACUUAUGUUAACAACAUUGUUUUUUUAUCCAAAAGGUGAUAUUCUCAAAAGGAGCAAUAGGUGUGCUAGGGAUGUACUAUGAAAAUUUCCCUUUUAUCAAUUCUGACACUGAAAUCACUUUUUACAAUAACUCAGCCCUAUUUAGCAGUGAUUCAUUAAGCAAUGUACAUUACUCCCCUCCCUGUGCCUUGCACAUAGUAGGUGCUCAUUAAUGAUGAACAAAAUAGUGUAUGUGUUACUCAUGUGUGUCUAGUACUUUUGAUUUUAUCCUUUUUAUGACUUCCUAAUGAGAUGGCUAAGAUGAAUGGGCCAUUUUUUAAAAAUCACAUUCCUCAUUCUAUUGUAUGAAGAGUAUUGAGGACUACCAUCAGGAAAGGUUAUGAUUUUUUUUUUAGUUGACCUGGUAAUGUUCCUUUUGGUUAAAUAAGAUGAAUGGAUGGGUGGUAACUUUUAUUUUGCUUUUCUGGUUAAGUUUUUUGAAUUUCAACAGGCAGUAUUGAUGUCGGCUCAAGGACAAAAACAAUUUACUAGACAGAACUUUUUUUUUUUAACUUGGAUUCUUAAACUG